CUCCAAACCACCCACACCCCAAAAAUCAAAUUGAAUAACUUCAUUACAAUCAACAUGUACCCCCCCACGACCCCCGAAAUGCAAGGCCACCACCUAACCACCCAAAUCCUCAACUACCAAUUAACCCACGGCAUGCAUCUCAAACACAUCAACCUUGCCCAACCCUCCAACAGCACAUCCAGCUACCCCAUCUCCACCAGCAUCUUCCCCACCCCCUUCCCCAGGGCCCUGUUCCACCACGCGCAACAUACCCUCCAACCAAUCUACAACGAACUAUACGCCCGUCUCUCAGACAACGAACCCUGGCUCUAUGAGAAAGUCAUUAGGCCUCUUUUCCCUGUGGAUCCCUUUGCCAGGAUAUUAUGGGAGAUUCAUAUUCGGAUAACGAAUGAGAGAGAAGGAGGGGGAUACGGGUCAGAUGUAUCAAUGGGGUUGUUUCGGUCGGAUUACAUGCUUCAUGUUCCUGGGGAUGGUAAUGGUAAUGACAAUCAGGAGGGAGGGGAUGAGGUUGAGAUUAGCCUUGAUGAGAGUGAAAAUGCGAAGCAUGGGCUGCAAUUGAAACAAGUCGAGUUCAACACCAUCGCGUGCGCGGGAGGCUGUCAUGCGAAUAAAGUGGUGGAUAUGCAUCGGUAUUUGACGAGGACGGGAGUUUAUAGUUCCUUAUCAGAUGCGAAGGAGGGAAAAGGGGAGAGUCCGAUUACGCUGUCAUCGUUACCUACGAAUGGGAAUAUCAAAGGCCUGGCUGAUUCUCUCGCGGUGGUGCAUGGUAUAUAUGGCCCGGCUCGGUGCAAUCUCGCUGCCGAGACAGGGGUGCUUUUCAUUGUCCAGCCGAACAACUUCAACGUUGCUGAUGAACUGCCUAUUGAAUAUGCACUUUGGGAUAGGGAUAUUCCUGUCCCGACGUAUAGGGUUGAGUGGGGGGAUGAUGUGCUGGAAAGGACUUGUCUUAGCAAUACGCGGGAAUUGGUGUUUUAUCCGCAUUUGCAAGGUGAAGGUAGCAGAGGGAAAGGACAGCCGGUGGAAAUAUCAGUCGUGUAUUUCCGUGCUGGGCUCGAAGUGCAUGAGUAUGAUGCCGCGGGGACAGAAUGUCGAGUCAGGCUUGAGCAGUCGCGGGCUAUCAAGUGUCCGUCGUUGCUGGGACAUAUAUUAACGUUUAAGAAAGUGCAGCAAGCCCUUAUGGGUCCGGGGGUGUUGGAGAGGUUUCUUGAUACUGAAGAGAAAGUGUCGGUUAUUAGAGAUACAUUUGUCUCUAUGUACCCAAUGGACGGUGAUUCUGAGGAAGGACGCUAUGCGCGCAGGCUAGCGACGAAUCCUGAUACCGCGUGGAAGUAUAUUUUGAAACCGUCGUUGGAAGGCGGGGGGCAUAAUAUCUACGGGGAUGAUAUCCCGGGGUUUCUGUUGGGGAUGAGUUCGGAAUCCGAAUGGGGUAGGUAUGUGUUGAUGGAGAGGAUUAGGUCGCCUGUUGUGGGGAAUGUGCUGAUGUCGCGGGAAGGGGUGGAGGAAUCGGAUGUGAUUUCGGAAGUGGGGGUGUUUGGGCUGUGUAUUUGGAAGAAGGGGGAGAUUUUGAGAAAUGAGACUGUGGGCUGGUCGUUAAAGACGAAGUUUGCGGAUGUGGAUGAGAUGAGUGUGGUCAAGGGGUUUGGGUGCUUUGAUACGCCGUUGUUGGUUUGAUUGGUUGGUUAGAGAGGUUGUUGCAUAGAAGAUUGUGUAGUAUG